AUUGAAUCUUUAUUACCCACUGGAAAAAAUAAGAGGCUCUUUGGUAACCUGAUCAGAUCAGACGGUUUUUCUGUUGGUUUUGUUUUUAAGAAACGAACAAUCACAGAAAAACGUUUAACCAAGCAAAUUAAUCAAGUUGAUCUGAUCCUGGAUAAUUUUGAACAGCAUGAAGUUGACAGCCACUAUUUACCAAUAGCCGUAGAUCCAGGAAGAAAAAGGGUCUUCACUGCAUUUGCUGGUUCAAAAACUGCAAAAGAAACCUUUUUCUUAUACCAGGGUCGCCAACGAGCACCGGAGCAAAUGGUGAAAACGUUUUUGGAUGGUACCAAGAAAUACAACAAGAAAUCAAGAGGAAACAAACGAAAAAGAGCAAAGAUCAAAGGGAAGCGGAAGAAGAAGGGGAAUAAGUCUGGAAAGAAGGAUAAAGGAAAGAGAAAAAUGGCACUGAAAACAAUAAAAACAAGCAAUUUCUUUCGGUACAAACAGAAGGUACCGCUGAUAGUAUCUGGUAGUGGCAUGUUUGGGAAGGAUUAUGUGAAGAUGAAAACGGUCCGGACUGGUGUCACUGGUCUUCUAUACAGAACGUUGAAAAGAAGAGAGAGGACUGGCGACUUACUUGUUGUGGACAUUGAUGAAUAUUUGAUGUCCCAAAUAUGUUCCAAAUGUGAAAGUAGGACUUUAGGUGGUAUUAGUGGUGCCCGCGGUAAUAGUGUUCUCGUUUGCAAGACGUACAGAACAUUAUGGCAGCGUGACAUCAACGCUAGUUUGAAU